UGCGGCUAUGCGUAUCUCAAAAGUCAAAUUUAGCAAUCAAGACAUCGAACGCGACCAAGUAGACUACGUCACUCGUGACGUAGGUUUCCCCCAUUUUUCAGCUCUCCGUCGUCGUUUGUCUUCGCCGAGCCAGGGGAUUUUACCUGUUCUGAAGUCACACCGACGGCGGUUCUUCAGCCCUUGAUCGAUUUCACUGCUUUACUGAGCAACACCGCUCGAGGAAAUUUAAAAAAAAAAACAAGUCAAAAAACCGGCCAACAAAAGGGAAAAUCUCCAAGAGUUCUCAUAUCUGCAAAUCCAUAUAUAUUGAUUUUGUGGUCUGGUUAGCUGCAGAAGGCAAGUCAAGUUCCCCACCUGAAGUGAUCAUUCAAUAGCCCAUAAUGACAGACAUCAGUCCUAUGACGGAUACAUCAACUGAUGCAGAUACUGAAGAUAAAAACUCUAGGUUUCCAAGUGAUCAAUCUCUAGGCACUGUGGCUUCCAAUGGCAGUGACAAGACAAGAGAUCAAAAGACACUCCGCAGACUUGCUCAAAAUCGCGAAGCUGCCAGGAAGAGCCGUUUAAGAAAAAAGGCAUAUGUCCAACAGUUAGAGAACAGCAGAAUGAAGCUGUCACAAAUUGAGCAGGAGCUCCAGCGAGCUCGACAACAGGGCAUAUUUAUUUCAAGUUCAGGAGAUCACUCGCAAUCCAUGAGUGGAAAUGGAGCCAUGGCAUUCGAUGUAGAAUAUUCACGUUGGGUGGAUGAGCAAAAUAAACGUAUCAAUGAGCUAAGAGGAGCUGUUAAUUCUCAUGCUGGUGAUGGUGAACUUCGCAUUAUUGUGGAUAGCAUCUUGGCACACUAUGAUGACAUUUUCAGGAUAAAAGCAGAUGCAGCAAAAGCUGAUGUCUUCCAUAUCUUAUCAGGCAUGUGGAAAACUCCGGCUGAAAGAUGCUUCCUAUGGCUGGGUGGAUUUCGUUCAUCUGAACUCCUUAAGUUGCUUAUAAACCAUUUGGAGCCUUUAACCGAACAGCAGUUAUUGGCCAUCAACAACUUGCAAGAGACAUCUCAACAGGCUGAAGAUGCAUUGUCCCAGGGAAUGGAGGCAUUGCAGCAAUCCUUGGCUGAGACGCUGAUCGGGACUCUCGGCUCUUCAAGCUCAUCAGGAAAUGUUGCGAAUUAUAUGGGUCAAAUGGCCAUGGCAAUGGGGAAGGUUGGAGCUCUCGAGGGGUUUAUAUGCCAGGCUGAUAAGCUGCGGCAGUCGACAUUGCAACAACUGCAUAAAAUAUUGACUACUCGCCAAUCAGCCCGCGCUCUUCUCGCCAUCAACGACUACUUCUCACGCCUUCGAGCACUAAGUUCUCUCUGGCUCGCUCGUCCUAGGGAGUAACUAAAUUCCUUUACGCAACACACAAUGAAGAUUCAUAGGGGCACUUGUAUAUGAGAAUUGUCUGCCUAGAAGUUGUGGUCUUGCUUGAUCCCUCCAGUUUUGUGACACCAUUAUAGCUAACUUGUUCAUGUUGUACGGUUUAUACUUCUUGUUUAUCCGAUGUUGUCUGAACAUUAGUGCUACAGUUGCUAAUUUGUAAUAUAGAUAGAUGUGAUGUGGCUGGUGAAUUGUUAUAUGUAAUCUUUAGCAUAUCUAACAGUAACAGUGAUGCAUAAUGGAAAUGCUACAAUGUUGUUGACCUC